AUGAAGAACAUCCUCUACCUCACCUGCUUCCUCCUCGUUUCGUUGGCCGCCGCCCAAACUCCUCCCCCCGCCCCAAUCCUCGACACCUCCGGACAAGAGCUGGUCACGGGUGUCCAAUACCGCAUCAGGUCCCCCACCUGGGGUGCCGGGGAAGGCGACAUCAACGUCGACCCCCUCCAGCUCAACGCCUCCUGCCCUCUCGACCUCAUCCUGGCCCGACGUAUGAUCGCCGGGCCAGGCCUCCCCGUGACCUUCCAUCUGCCCCACGUGUCCGAAGCCGGGCAUCCCGUCCGCACCUCGACCGAGAUCAGCAUCCAGUUCCCAACCCUCUCCACGGACACGGCCUGCAACGACGGCGGCUUCUGGACCGUCCGAUUCGACCCCUACCUCCGGGGCUUCGGCAUCACGACCGGGGGAAGCCUUGGGGGCGGGGACAGUCUGUUCACGAUCCAGUCAGCUGGGGAACUCGUCCAUACGCUCGCGUACUGCCCCAGGAUUUCGCCCAGGUGUGGGCCACUGACCAUCUCGUUCCGCGGCCGCCUGAGCGUGGCCCUGUCGGACGAGCAGGCCGCGUUCGGUGCGGUGUUCGAGAGAGUUGAAGCUGAUGACAACGGCAUGAUCAAGAUGAGUACUGAGAACUAA